UCGUUUAUUUUAUCGGUCUUUCGGUAGUUUUCGGUGAAUUUGUUCUUAGUACGUAAUAAAUUCUUAUCUUUUCCAUUGAACAGUCGUAACUUUUAAGUUAAUAUUAAAUAAAUAUUUAAUAAGAAAGUUUUUAAUCAUUACAACAAAAUGCCUGUAAGAGCAGUUUGCGUACUCAAUGGAGACGUCAAGGGCACGGUAUUUUUCGAUCAAAAAGAUGACAAAGCACCAGUUGUGGUUUCAGGCGAAGUCAGCGGUCUGAGCAAGGGCAAGCACGGCUUCCACGUCCACGAGUUCGGCGACAACACGAACGGGUGCACGUCGGCUGGCGCGCACUUCAACCCCGGCAAACAGGAGCACGGCGGGCCCGACGCCAGCGUGCGGCACGUCGGCGACCUCGGCAACAUCGAGGCCACCAGCGAUGGGGGCGUCACCAAGGUCAGUAUCCAAGAUUCUCAGAUUUCCCUGGUGGGCCCCAACAGUAUCCUGGGCCGCACCCUCGUCGUCCACGCCGACCCUGAUGAUCUAGGUCUCGGUGGCCACGAACUGAGCAAGUCUACAGGCAACGCCGGGGCGCGUAUCGCUUGCGGUGUCAUCGGCAUUGCCAAAAUCUAAACAUAUCUGGCCAUAAUAAAUCCUUUCUAAGCAAAUACUUCAAGUUUCUCUUGCAUAACUAUAUGCUACAAUGUGACAAAUACUUGAAAUAUUUACUUAGGUCUCAAGUAAUGUAAAAAAAAACAUGUUCUAAAAUGUAUGUAACCAGUGACUUAUAAAUCAAACUGCAAAAAUAAAUGUGUAUAUGGCAAUGUAGCUAGUUGUAAGGUUCUAAACACUAUAUGGUCUCUAGAUUGUAUUUACGUAAUAUGUUGCAUUUCUCCUUGAAGUAAAGUUUUCGUUUAAUUUUUUUAUCUAUGGUGCAGGUUAAUAUGUACUGUGGCUUGUUUUGUUUCAAUAAAAACUUUAUAAACA